AUGCCACCUAAGAGAAGAGCAAAGGACGUAGGCAGGGCUACCUGUCCCUCGGAGGAAGACAACCCGGAGCCUUCCACUGCCACGUCAAACCAAUCAUGGAAACUCAAGUUCAACGAGAGGCAACUGGAGCGAAAACGCCAGGCCGACCGGAUAACCCAGCGUAGGAUGCGGGAGCAGUCAAAGCAGACAGCCGCAGUCUUCCAGGAAAAACUGAACCUUCUCAUGGACGGUGACUACAAAGCGCUGAUGGAGCGGACACUAGCUGAGAACGAGGCCCUGGUCGCAAAGCUCAAUACGUUCCGGGCUAAGUUUGAGCACAUUUAUUCUGCUUCAAAAGAGUGCCUAGGGUUAGAAGAAGAACCUGGGAGGCCAGGUAAUCCAGUGUCUAGCGCCACCAGCACAGGAAACAUUCCAUAUUCUCUCGUCCCAUCUUCGAGAUUGGCGGCACCCUCCGGUUCCAACCAUGAUGCUCCUAUUGUCGAACCGAGAAACAACCUCUGCAGAACCUUUGCGAAGAGCCCCUCGAUUUUCUUGCCCAUCUCAGAUAUGUUCAGGAACAGCGAGGGGUCAGAGAUACCUACCAAUCACUUUACGGAGGCUAUAAUGGCCUGGAAGUACUCUAUGGGACUCAACGAUGGUCUGCAAUUCCUAACGGAGCGCUUGGACGCGCAGGGAUAUGCCGGGAAUGAUGUCUUGCACGACAAGAUACUUUCUUGGGACUUCUACCAAAGGCUUCUGGGCCUCCUCAUGGGUAAUGAUGUGAUACGCCGGAAGACUGCCUAUCUGGCAUAUCGAAUCGUAGCGCCGUGGCGAAGUUGCUACUGGUCUCACGCCGAGAUGAUUGCAAUAUUUUGGACACAGUUCAGACAUCUGCUGCUUUUCGUCUUCCCAUCUUCAGAAAACUUUGCUCGGUGCCCCUGCUGGUAUCGACCGAUGCCCACACGGCUUCUCCACGAUCAUCCUGGGUAUCUGGACUUCAUCAUAUGGCCCCGUCUACGCGAGCGCCUAACGAUGACCUGGAAACAACACGACAUGGAGAUCCUCAUUCGCGAUCUGAUCCACGGCUUCAGGGUUCGAACUGCGGGUAUUACACCAGAUCAGCCGCUGAUUCGAGUAAAACCAAAUAGCAAUGACCUCGAAUUGUCCGAUGAAUUCGAGAUGGCUCUUAGCGACGUGUCAAACUUUUCUAUGCAGGUCAAUUUCAUCGCCCGGUACCCAGAUCUUGCACCGUACAUUCAUGCUGAUGUCCGCUCUUUCGUACCUACUCUUCCAUCAAGCACUUCUGUACUUCUUCACACGCCUGCCCCGCAACCUUCCCAGCUCGCCGUCAAUCAAGCCUUCGUACCUGACACGACAUGGUCUCACCUUCGGCUCUUGUCUCCUGCGAUAGUGCAAGAUUCUCCAAAUCCCCUAUUAUCAUCAUCCUAUCUGUAUCAUCCAGAGGGCUAUCGAAACGGGGAAAUGGUCGUAUACCCAGAUCCCACAGCACCCACCACAGCGGGAAAUAAAGACAGCCACCCGCUGUCUACUCACUCAUCCAUGGGGUUUCUCAGUGACGCCGCGAAUGCAGAGACUCUCGACCUCUCCAGAUCAAUACCUAUCUUCAACCCACCUGUCAUUGACAGUCUCAGCAAUCCAAGUACUGGCGCAUCGCUGGAUCUCGAUAGCUGGCAUUUGUUCGGCGGUGCAGAUAUGGUGCAAAUACCCCAUUAG